UUGAUAAUAUUUGGCAAUAAAUUAUUUAUUUUAACCUAUAAAUUAAUUUUGGUUUUUAAUGUGAUUUUUAAAAGUGAAAAAAGUGAUAAAACACACAAAAUAUUAGGAAUGAAUAAUAUAUCGCGAAAAACAAAGUUUAACCGUAACUUCUUCUUCACGCGCUCUGAGAGCCGUUACGAUAAGGAUAAGCGACAGUUGUCUAACCACCGAAGUUAUCAUAUCGGAAGGUUCUUCUCGUUGAUCGGCAGUGCCAUCAUUGUGUGCGGACUGUUCUGCAAAUUUAUAUUUACUAAAGACAUUGAAAGUAAGAUACCUAUUAUUACGGUAUGUGUGGCCACGUUUGGUGCGGCCGUUAUGUUAGUAGGAAUAGGCUUUUUAGCCUUUGCUGUAUAUAAAGCGCAGAUAGCCAUUGUCAAGCAGUCGGCUGAUGGCGGCUCAGUAAAUGCCAUUCCCGGCUCAUCGUCCGCUGGAGGCUCGCAAAUGUCCAACAGUUCCAAUAGCAUCGAUACGAUACCUAGAGAUCCCACUAAAACUGAUACCGUGUCCAUCAGUGUCAUCAAUUCAAUUAUUCGCGGCAAUCGUUAAGCAUCUCAUAAAAUUUUUAAUU